CAAAGAUUCUUCACGCAUCUCACCCCGCAACAUUGAUCCUACCAAUGUCAGACCAGAAAUCACAGUCAGACGAAACACACCAGUCUUUGGCCAUGGAUGUCGAUACACAGCCUAAUGGAUCUUCAAAUUCACAAUCCAGCGCGACGGCCGCAGGCAGCUCUAACGCCGCUGACCAAAUUUCGGAAAUGGAGACUAGCAAAGAAGCUCAAGUGCCAAAGCCUACGCGAAGAGACAUAGAAAUGAACAGAAAGCAACGAAGUCUUGCUGAAUUUCUUUCAAUGAUGGAUAAUUAUACACCUGCUAUACCGGAUGCCGUGACGGACUACUACUUGAGCCGAACAGGAUUUGACUGUGACGAUGUCCGAAUAAAACGCCUCCUCGCUUUGGCGGCCCAGAAAUUUAUCACAGACAUAGCUACCGAUGCCUUUCAAUUCUGUAAAAUACGGCAGCAGGGAAACCGAAGCAAGCAGGGAAAAGACCGUAAAACGGUUUUGACUAUGGAAGAUCUGUCAGCAGCCCUGGCAGAAUAUGGCGUCAAUAUCAAGAAGCCGGAUUACUAUUCUUAAACUGCUUAAUGUUCUUAGCUAUUUUCCAAGUUUCAGUAAAGUAUGACUGUAUUUUCCGUUUAAAAUGAA